AUGACCGACAGCAAGGUCCCUCAGCCAGGACCGGCGAAAUUGAAAAGCAAUGCAGGCCCCGACCAGUGGCUGGAGGCCGCUAAGGACUGCAAAUAUUUAUCAGAGGCCCACAUGAAGCAGCUUUGCGAGAUGGUCAAGGAGUAUAUGAUGGAAGAAUCCAAUAUUCAGCCCGUUUCUACUCCGGUUACCGUAUGUGGCGACAUUCACGGCCAAUUCUAUGAUCUUCUUGAACUCUUCCGGGUUUCUGGUGGGAUGCCUGAUGGCACGGAGCCUGACGCUCCUAAAUCUUCCCCCAUAACCUCCGCCGAUAUCGAGCCUCCAUCGGAGAUUACAGAUCCCAAGCUUCGGAAGAAGUUACGAGGCCCUAAUAACAAUGCCGUUGAGGAUGACGAGGAGGAGUCGGAAGGCCCACGCAGUCAGUCAGAGAGCCAGGCAUCCAAUGAUGUCCAGGUAAACCGGAACUUUGUCUUCCUGGGAGAUUAUGUGGACCGUGGAUAUUUCAGUUUGGAGACCUUGACCCUGCUAUUGUGUUUGAAGGCCAAAUAUCCCGAUCGAGUAACAUUAGUGCGGGGAAAUCACGAAUCCCGCCAGAUCACACAGGUGUACGGUUUUUACGAAGAGUGUUUCCAGAAAUACGGCAGUGCCUCGGUAUGGAAAGCAUGUUGCCAGGUCUUCGACUUCAUGACGCUGGGCGCCAUCAUCGACGGCAAAGUCCUAUGCGUACACGGAGGAUUGAGUCCAGAGAUCCGCACCCUAGACCAAGUGCGAGUAGUCGCCCGUGCACAAGAAAUCCCACACGAGGGCGCAUUUUGCGAUCUUGUCUGGUCCGAUCCCGACGACGUGGAGACAUGGGCGGUCAGUCCUCGUGGUGCAGGCUGGCUCUUUGGUGAUCGCGUGGCGGACGAGUUCUGUCACGUUAACGAUCUCUCCCUGAUUGCCCGCGCGCACCAGCUGGUAAAUGAGGGAUAUAAAUACCAUUUCGCCAACCAGAAUGUGGUUACCGUGUGGAGUGCCCCGAACUACUGUUACCGAUGUGGUAAUCUCGCUUCAGUGUGUGAGAUUGGAGAGGAUCUCAAGCCGUCAUUCAAGCUGUUUAGUGCUGUGAGCGAUGAUCAGCGACAUGUGCCCAGCACACGGCCGGGCCGUAGCGAGUACUUCCUGUAA